CCGGCGGCGGCGGCGGCCACCAGCACCUCCUCAGCUCAGCACCAUGAGGCCACCGAUGAGAGGAGGAGGCGGUCGCAGCGGCGGCAGGAGCUUCGGCGGCAGAGACAGCGGCGGCCGCGGCAGGGGCUUCGGCGGGAGGAGCGAUGGCGGCGGCCGCGGUAGGGGCGGCGGCAGGAGCGACCGUGGUAGGGGCCGCGGCGGCGGCAGGGGAGGAGGCAGGGGCGGCCCCGGCAUGAAGGGCGGGAGCAAGGUGGUCGUGGUGCCGCACAAGCACGACGGCGUCUUCAUCGCCAAGGCCAAGGAGGACGCGCUCUGCACCAAGAACAUGGUCCCCGGGGAGUCCGUCUACGGCGAGAAGCGCGUCUCCGUCCAGAACGAGGACCAAUCCAAGGUUGAGUACAGGGUGUGGAACCCCUUCAGGUCCAAGCUGGCUGCUGCCGUGCUUGGUGGUGUUGACAACAUCUGGAUUGCUCCUGGUACCCGUGUGCUGUACCUUGGUGCUGCCUCCGGAACAACAGUGUCUCAUGUGUCUGAUAUUGUUGGACCGACUGGGUUGGUGUAUGCUGUUGAGUUCUCUCACCGCAGUGGCAGGGAUCUCGUCAACAUGGCCAAGAAGAGGACCAAUGUGAUCCCCAUCAUUGAGGAUGCUAGGCACCCGGCAAAGUACAGGAUGCUUGUUGGCAUGGUUGAUGUUAUCUUUUCAGAUGUUGCACAACCUGACCAGGCUAGAAUUUUAGCCCUUAACGCAUCAUACUUCCUGAAGAAUGGUGGCCAUUUUGUCAUUUCGAUCAAGGCGAACUGUAUUGACUCAACCAUGCCCGCUGAGGCUGUGUUUGCUGCUGAAGUGGAGAAGCUCAAGGCUGACCAGUUCAAGCCUUCUGAGCAGGUGACCCUGGAGCCCUUUGAGCGUGACCAUGCCUGUGUCGUUGGUGGCUACAGGAUGCCCAAGAAGCAAAAGUGAGAUUGAUAAGUGGCUGUUUUAUGUCUGCCAUCUGUUUUGAUCAGACGUAGUACUGUAGUAGUAUUACCCCAUGUAUUAGGGUUUUGUGGAAAUGAGACAAUGGUGGCUGGCUGUUGUACAGCCACCUGGUUUAUGUUAAA